ACACCCAGACGCAGAGAGAAUCCCAUUGAAGAUGAUCUCAUCUUCAGGAUCGGUACUAAGGGGAGAAAUAAAGGAGAGUUUACUAACCUGCAGGGUGUGUCAGCGUCCUCCAAUGGCAGGAUUCUAAUAGCAGACAGCAAUAACCAGUGUGUCCAGAUCUUCUCUAAUGAGGGGGAGUUUAAGAGUCGUUUUGGGGUGAGGGGUCGGUCGCCAGGGCAACUCCAACGACCAACGGGUGUGGCCGUUCACCCCAACGGUGACAUCAUCAUCGCCGACUACGACAACAAGUGGGUCAGCAUCUUCUCCAGCGAGGGCAAGUACAAGGCCAAGCUGGGCUCUGGUAGGCUAAUGGGACCGAAGGGCGUGUCAGUGGAUCAGAACGGUCAUGUGAUUGUCGUUGACAACAAGGCAUGCACCGUCUUCAUCUUCCAGCCAACCGGCAAGCUCGUUUCUAAAUUCGGUAGCCGUGGCAACGGAGACAAACAGUUUGCAGGUCCUCAUUUUGCAGCCGUCAACAACAACAAUGAGAUCAUAGUGACAGACUUUCACAACCACUCUGUCAAGGUGUUCACCCCAGAGGGAGAGCUGCUGUUGAAGUUUGGAUCUAACGGAGAGGGCAACGGUCAAUUUAAUGCUCCUACAGGUGUGGCCGUCGAUGUGAACGGGAACAUCAUUGUAGCCGACUGGGGCAACAGCCGCAUACAGGUGUUUGAUGGUAGUGGCUCCUUCCUGUCCUAUAUCAACACAUCAGCUGACCCUCUCUACGGACCUCAGGGUCUGGCUCUCACCUCCGAUGGACACGUGGUGGUGGCCGACUCUGGGAACCACUGUUUCAAGGUCUACAGAUACCUACAGUAAUAGAGGGAGGGACGUAUGGGAGAAUGAAUGGAGGGAGAAGAGAGAUGGAGAGAUGGAUGGACAGAACCAUUGUUUCAAGGUCUACAGAUACCUACAGUAAUAGAGGGAGGGACGUAUGGGAGAAUGAAUGGAGGGAGAAGAGAGAUGGAGAGAUGGAUGGACAGAACCAUUGUUUCAAGGUCUACAGAUACCUACAGUAAUAGAGGGAGGGAGGUAUGGGAGAAUGAAUGGAGGGAGAAGAGAGAUGGAGAGAUGGAUGGACAGAACCAUUGUUUCAAGGUCUACAGAUACCUACAGUAAUAGAGGGAGGGAGGUAUGGGAGAAUGAAUGGAGGGAGAAGAGAGAUGGAGAGAUGGAUGGACAGAACCAUUGUUUCAAGGUCUACAGAUACCUACAGUAAUAGAGGGAGGGAGGUAUGGGAGAAUGAAUGGAGGGAGAAGAGAGAUGGAGAGAUGGAUGGACAGAACCAUUGUUUCAAGGUCUACAGAUACCUACAGUAAUAGAGGGAGGGAGGUAUGGGAGAAUGAAUGGAGGGAGAAGAGAGAUGGAGAGAUGGAUGGACAAAACCAUUGUUUCAAGGUCUACAUAUACCUACAGUAAUAGAGGGAGGGAGGUAUGGGAGAAUGAAUGGAGGGAGAAGAGAGAUGGAGAGAUGGACGGAAUCACUGUUUCAAGGUCUACCACUUCCUGGUGUGAACUUAAAUGACGACCAGUCAAAUCAGCACCUCUCUUUGCACUGACGACACGUCACUCAUCUGCCUUACUAUUGGCCAGAGCUGCACAGUGAGAGCAUUGGUUCUGGGACCUAACAGACCUGAGACCUAGCUCUCGGCUUGCCAAAAUGAUGUCACAGCUCCCCAUCCCACCGUGGAAACCUGUUAAUCUGACUCAAUAUUAAACUAAUCUCAGCCUGUUUUUCUGACUCAAUAUCAAACUAAUCUCAAUCUGUUAAUCUGACUCAAUAUGAAACCAAUCUCAACCUGUUAAUCUGACUCAAUAUCAAACUAAUCUCAAUUGGUUAAUCUGACUCAAUAUCAAACUAAUCUCAAUUUGUUAAUCUGACUCAAUAUUAAACCAAUUUCAACUUGUUUAUCUGCUCUUAAACCUAUGGACUCUACAGAACAAUAUAUACACUGUUCACAUGGGUUCUAGAGAACGAUACAAAUUGUUCAUAUGAGUUCUAGAGAACGAUACACAUUGUUCAUAUGGGUUCUAGAGAACGAUACAAAUUGUUCAUAUGGGUUCUAGAGAACGAUACAAAUUGUUCAUAUGGGUUCUAGAGAACGAUACAAAUUGUUCAUAUGGGUUCUAUAGAACAAUACAAAUUGUUCAUAUGGGUUCUAGAGAACGAUACAAAUUGUUCAUAUGGGUUCUAAAGAACGAUACAAAUUGUUCAUAUGGGUUCUAGAGAACGAUAUAGAUAAAUGUAUGUUCUAUAGAAUAAUAAUAUUGAUGGUUCGUUUGAGGAUCGUUGUCUGCAAAAUCAAUAAGGAAUGCUCAGUACUGUUCAAGAAGGUGGCUAUGGUUAUUCUAAUACUCCCCAGAUAUAUUAAUAAAUCAAUCAAUCCAUUCAUUAUUGAUGAUUGGUUGAUUUGAUUGAUUGAGCUAAAAGGCAACUUGCGACUUUACACUUGGAUGAGGUAUUUAUUCAACCAUCCAAUUUUUCAGAAAAAAAAAAUACUGGAUGCUUUCCAAAUUGCUCCCUAUGCGCCCAGGGCAAUAGUAGUGCACUACGUAGGGAACAGGGCAAUAGUAGUGCACUACGUAGGGAACAGGGCAAUAGUAGUGCACUACGUAGGGAACAGGGCAAUAGUAGUGCACUACGUAGGGAACAGGGCAAUAGUAGUGCACUACGUAGGGAACAGGGCAAUAGUAGUGCACUACGUAGGGAACAGGGCAAUAGUAGUGCACUACGUAGGGAACAGGUCAAUAGUAGUGCACUACGUAGGGAACAGGGCAAUAGUAGUGCACUACGUAGGGAACAGGGCAAUAGUAGUGCACUACGUAGGGAACAGGGCAAUAGUAGUGCACUUCGUAGGGAACAGGUCAAUAGUAGUGCACUACGUAGGGAACAGGGCAAUAGUAGUGCACUACGUAGGGAACAGAGUCCUAUUUGGGAGACGGACACAGUUGCAAGAUAACAUGGAAGAGUAUAUAUAUAUUUGGGAAUGAUCUUUAUUAUUAAUACUGAUCAAUAACCAUUUGCAAACUAACUCUCAUCAGUUCUGUUUUCACCCCCUCAUUAGAAAAAAACUAAACGUACAUUUAGAAGUAGGGCUCGGCACGAUUUAAAUUCAAAGGUCAUUUCCGAUUGAGCCGACAAUGCAGCGUUUACCGUGAAUGCAGUGUCCAGGAACGCGGGAACAUUGCCUUUACAUUUCUAUUACGCUGUAGCGUAGGUCUUCAUGAAUCGAGCCCUUAAUAUUUGAUUAAUAAUUUUCUUGUUAAAGGAUUCCAAAUCAGUUUGUUUAUUAUUUAAGUUUGCUGUUGCUCGUCAGUACAGUUAUAUAUCACUCAUAAUGGAAUACCAGAGUAUUCUAGAACAAUUCCAGAGGUUUUCUAGAAGAUAAAAAACAUAGUAUUCUAGAACCAUGCAUUUUCUUUUUAGUAACUGUAUCAAUAGAUUUGGUAAAGAUCUCAACGGAACUCAACCAAAACAAUGGAAUUGCCAUGGAAACGGCCAUGGGGGAAAGAUCCCGAAUCUCUUCAUUUCCCCCCAGCAAAAUUAGCCUACAUUUAGGCUGUUGUUAAUAUUUGUAUUUCACGGUAUGUUGAGGUAAAAAUCUGAGUAUAAUGUUUGCAUGGAUGUCAACCCCAACAAGUCAUCAUUUCCAAUCAACCGCAUUUCAGUUAAAAAAACUUCCACCACCAAUUUCUGUACGCUAACGAUGCUAACCAGCUUAUACGAACGGGAGUUAGCAUUUAGCAGUCAUUUCUUAAAUCUGAAAAGGGACAACUUCCAUAUGUCACGCAGCGAAAACAGACAAAUAUAUCCAAUUCGGACUUCAGUAACCACAUUGUGGGCCUCUUACAAUACAUAAAUCAUGAGGGAUUUGACGGAUAUCCACUCUGUUACGUCAGAUGUGUUGAAUGUUCGCCAAUCUGGUCAACGGAACAUCUGUGUUCCGUUGACUCCUUUACCGCAUCUAUCUGUUAGGAUCCAACAGUGUUCUGUUAGAAUCAUAUUCAGAGUUCCAAAAUUCCGGUAAGUUCCCUAAAAAUUCAAUGCAGAUUUUCUAGAAAUACUGGUUGUAAGAUUUCCGGAAUCAGGAGGGAAUAUGCAGGAAAUUCUAGAUUUCUAGAAUUUGGAUAUCUUGGAUUUCUGGAAAGUCUGCAUGGAAAUAUGGGAAAAUUAAAAUCACUUUUCAAACCUGUAUCCAUACCAUGGGGCGGCAGGGUAGCCUAGUGGUUAGAGCGUUGGACUCGUAACCCGAAAGGUUGCAAAAUCGAAUCCCUGAGCUGACAAGAUAAAAAUCAAUCGUUCUGCCCCUGAACAAGGCAGUUAACCCGCUGUUCCUAGGCCGUCAUUGAAAACAAGAAUUUGUUCUUAACUGACUUGCCUAGUUAAAUAACGGUAAAAAAAAUAUCUAUAAUGCUGUAAAGUCUGUAGGCUAAUGGGAAGGAUUGGAUGAGGAAUCAUGGGUUGUGUAUCAAAUGGAACCCUGUUUACCAGAGCCCGAAGGACCUUGGUUGAAGUUAUGCACCACAUUGGGAAAAGGGUGCUAUAUAGGAUGCUGACUAUCAGACAAAUGUCUAGCCCACAUUUCCAACACUAUAGGAAGUGAUCCCAUCAAUACUGAAGAACAUUUCACUUCACAUUCUGAAUGUAUUUAUGUUACUAUUUAUUAUUUGGGGUUAUUUAUUCCAGGGGAAACCGUACUACUAUGGGCUGACCCUGUAAAACAACACCUAUCGUGCUGCUAUGGCUGACCCUGUAAAACAACACCUAUCAUACUACUAUGACUGACCCUGUAAAACAACACCUAUCAUACUACUAUGGCUGACCCUGUAAAACAACACAUUACACUGCACCUAUCAUACUACUAUGGUGUAUGUAACAAUAAAACAUAAUUUAAAAAUAAUAAUUUUGGGGUGUUUAUAAUGCUAUUUAUUUAUUUAAGGAAUAAUGUAUGUAUAUAUGUUUUCAUGUAAAUCAUCUGAAUACUACUAUGGUACCCGUUGUACAUGUUGUUUUCAUGUAAAUCAUCUGAAUACUACUAUGGUACCCGUUGUACAUGUUGUUUUCAUGUAAAUUAUCUGAAUACUACUAUGGUACCCGUUGUACAUGUUGUUUUCAUGUAAAUCAUCUGAAUACUACUAUGGUACCCGUUGUACAUGUUGUUUUCAUGUAAAUCAUCUGAAUACUACUAUGGUACCCGUUGUACAUGUUGUUUUCAUGUAAAUCAUCUGAAUACUACUAUAGUACCCAUUGUACAUGUUGUUUUCAUGUAAAUCAUCUGAAUACUACUAUGGUACCCGUUGUACAUGUUGUUUUCAUGUAAAUCAUCUGAAUAAUACUAUUGCACUCAUUUACAUGUUGCUCUUCUAUUUAUAGCCUAAAUGCAUUAUCAAGUUUUUUAAAUAUUUAUAUUCAUUAUCAUGUCAUGUUCAAAUCAAAGUUGCUCAUCUGCGAUGGACGACGUUUGUACAGGUUGUUUUACGAUUGUCUUUCGUGACGAUCAUUUCUUUAAUAGAACAGAAUGCACAGACAAACGAAUGAACCGACAUCUACAUCUCAUUAUUUGACAGACACAGCCUUACCUGCAUGUUUCCAUUAGAUACACAGCCUUAUAUUCAUGUUUCCAUUAGAUACACAGCCUUACAUUCAUGUUUCCAUUAGAUACACAGCCUUACAUUCAUGUUUCCAUUAGAUACACAGCCUUUCAUUCAUUCAUGUUUCCAUUAGAUACACAGCCUUAUAUUCAUGUUUCCAUUAGAUACACAGCCUUAUAUUCAUGUUUCCAUUAGAUACAUAGCCUUUCAUUCAUGUUUCCAUUAGAUACACAGCCUUAUAUUCAUGUUUCCAUUAGAUACACAGCCUUAUAUUCAUGUUUCCAUUAGAUACACAGCCUUACAUUCAUUCAUGUUUCCAUUAGAUACACAGCCUUACAUUCAUUCAUGCUGCCAUUUAACAGGAAUGUUAUUUUCCCAUAGUUGUCAUGUCAUUUUCGAAUUGUUUUAACGAUAUAGUAGGUCACUUUCUCAGUUUAGGUCUUUAGGUUCUACUCUGUAUCUCACUCUGUCUGCCCCUUAGAUAGCACCCUAUACCCUACGCAGUGCACUACUGUUGACCUAUACCCUACGUAGUGCACUACUGUUGACCAGAGCCCCAUGUCAAAAGUUGUGCACUAUAUAGGGAAUAGGGUGCCAUUUGGGAGACAAGCCUAUGUUAUAUAUAUAUAUAUAAUGGUUACGAUCACUCCUCUUAAUCCUGGUCCAUGGGACCCACAGGGGGUGCAGGGAUUAGUUCCAACCCAGCACUAACACACUCGUUAACAGCUAUAGUCAAGGUUUGAUGAAUAGGGAAUCAGCUGUAGCCAGUCUGUUAGUUAGUGCUGGGAUGGCUCUAAACUCUGCACAGGACCAGGGUCGUCCAUCACUGAUGACAUCACUUCCUUGUUGACCUUCAACCCUUGUUUUCUUGGUACUAACGUGACACAGAAAUAAAGCAUUGAUUCAA